AGAAGGUAAUUUAACUGUAAAAUAAGAUUUUACCUUUAAACUGAUCUCACCAUCAAUACAAGUUAUGAAAUGCUCAUUAAUCAAAAAGAUUCUAAAUGUUGGGGAUUUUAUCAGCCGCAUAGAUGCCUGCUGGUGAAUAGAUUAGUUAUACCCGGAGUUGAUAAGGCCAGUCUAUGUAACAUGCUCACAUGUUGAAUGAAUUUACAACAUUUUUAUAUUCACUGGCUUGGAUAAAAUUUUCGCAUACACAGAAUCAGUGAAGGGAGGCCUUUUUUUCGUGUUGUGUAUAUUUUGGAAGAAAAAAAUAAUGAAGAGAUUGGAAGUAAAGUGAAAAUGGUGUGUUAACUUGUGAGAAUACAUGUGAUCUAGUGAACAGGAAGUGUAAUUGUAGGUUAUUCUAGGAUAUAGUGUGACCUUGACAUUCAAAUUGACAGUUGUAAACACUACAUAGUACAUAUACUUGUCGGAAAUAUAAUGCUAUAGGAGAAAAAACAACAGGAGAUACUUUUUGAUUUGGUGCUGUAUAAAUAUAGAAAUGAAAGCUCUUUAUUUGGUUACAUGGUAACAUAUUGACGUACUGGUAAGAGUAAAGCAUGUGGAGAAAUGAAUUCAGUGUAAUUUCUCUAUAAAUAGCUUGUCGGAAUACUUAACAGUCUAAUAAGAUAAUCAAUUAAGACAAGUUAGUGACAGCAGUACAGACUAAACCCAGCAAAAUGUUUUGCUGUAAGCCAAAGAAAAGAGAGUAUGAUGUCGCCAAUGAGGAAGAAAUUGAUAAAGAACGAAGUAAAGACUUAAAGGUAGAUAAUGACAAAGAAGUUAAAGAUAAUGCUGCUGAUAUUGAAUCUCCUAUAGAAGUCACUGUAACUGAAGUUACUGAACUAGAACCUAAAACAAGUUCUGAACAAAAUGGUGAAGUGAAAAAAACUGAGACUCAGUCUGGAGUAGGUGAAUCAGGGGAGAAAACUCAGGCUGAGGAAACAGUUGAAGAAAAAGGAGAGAAGAAAAACCCCAAAUAUGUAUCUCAGAUGAGUGUUUCAAGCUCUUUGAGUAUUCGGGAGGAAAUAAACCGUAGUAGGGAGCAAUUUUUUUCUAAUACGUCUCUAAAUGACUUUAAUUUACAGGAGGAGAUAAAAAAGUAA